AUGUGUUUUUACAGUGAAGUAAGCAGAGAUUAUUGGAACAUCCUGUCCGUCCUGUUUGCUAUCAAGGAGAUAAACCGGAAUCCCAGGCUUUUACCCAACAUCACCCUGGGCUACAACAUCCAUGACACCUACUUCGAUCGAAAGAUGACAUCUGAUGCCUUGAUGGACCUGCUCUCUCCUGGGCGGGCGAAUGUUCCCAACUACAAGUGUGGAAGACAGAAUCACCCAUUGGCUGUUCUUGAAGGAUCUGACACUGAAAUCUCCACCCAAAUAUCAACCAUGUUGGGCAUCUACAAAAUCUCACAGGAGAUCAACCAGAAUCCCAGGCUUUUACCCAACAUCACCCUGGGCUACAGCAUCUAUGACACCUAUUUUGUUCAAAAGAUGACUUUGGAUGCCCUGCUGGACCUGCUAUCUCCUGGGCAGGCAAAUGUUCCCAACUACAAGUGUGGAAGACAGAAUCAACCAUUGGCUGUUCUUGAAGGCUCUGACAAAGAAAUCUCCAUCCUAAUAGCAACCAUGUUGAGCACAUACAAAAUCUCACAGAAUGACAAAGCUCAGUUCCCCUUUUUCUAUUCGACGUUCCCCAAAGAAAAGACCCAGUACCAGGGGACUGUCAAACUACUGUUGCAUUUCAAGUGGACGUUGGUUGGUCUUGUUGCUGAAGACUCUGAGAACGGAGAAAGAUUCAUGCAGACCUUGACGACUGAACUCAUCAGGAAUGGUGUUUGUGUCGUUUUUAGGCAAAUGAUCCCAAUACAACUUCUUGACGAGGUUCACCCUUUCUUGAGAAACCCCCAGUUUUACAAUACUUCCAUCAUAGAUGGAAUAUAUUUGGACAAGAAUGGAGAGCUGGUGGUCAACUUUGACAUGGUCAACUGGAUGGUGCUUCCAAAUAAGUGCGUGGAAAGCUGUUGCCCAGGAUUCAGGAAGUUGGUUCAGGAAGGAAGACCCAUUUGCUGCUACGCCUGUUCUCCCUGUGCAGAAGGGACCAUCUCCACUCAGAAAGAUGCAGAACAUUGCACCAAGUGUCCAGAAGACCAGCAUCCAAACAAGGACCGAGAUCACUGUAUCCCAAAGGAAAUGACCUUCCUGUCCUAUGAAGAAUAUCUGGGGAUCAUCCUGGCAUCCCUUGCCCUCUUCCUGUCCUUCAGCACAGGCUUUGUGUUAGGAAUCUUCAUUCGAUUCCCAGAAACUCCAAUAGUCAAAGCCAACAACCGGGACCUCUCUUACAUUCUCCUCGUAUCUCUUUUGCUUUCCUUCCUGUCCCCCUUCCUGUUCAUUGGCCAGCCAAGGAAAGCAACCUGCCUCCUCCGACAAACAGCCUUCAGCAUCAUCUUCUCAGUUGCCGUCUCUUCUCUGUUGGCCAAAACGAUCACUGUGGUGCUGGCCUUCCUGGCCACAAAGCCAGGGAACAGCGUGAGGAGAUGGUUGGGAAAGAGUUUGGCCAACUCCAUUGUCAUUUCCUGUUCCGGUGUCCAAGUUGUCAUCUGCACCACCUGGUUGGGCAUCUCUCCGCCAUUCCCUGACUCUGACAUGCACUCCCAGCCUGGACAGAUCAUCCUGCAAUGUAAUGAAGGGUCUUUCGCCAUGUUCUAUACUGCCCUUGGCUACAUGGGCUUCCUGGCUGCCAUCUGCUUCAUGGUGGCUUUCCUAGCCAGGAAGCUGCCUGGGUCCUUCAACGAAGCCAAGCUGAUCACCUUCAGCAUGCUGGUCUUCUGCAGCGUUUGGGUCUCCUUUGUGCCCACCUACCUGAGCACCAAGGGGAAAUACAUGGUGGCUGUGCAGGUCUUCUCCAUCUUGGCCUCCAGUGCUGGGCUCCUGGGCUGCAUCUUCAUUCCCAAGUGCUACAUCAUUGUAUUGAGACCUGACCUGAAUAGAAAGGAACAUCUCAUGAUGGAAAUGAAAAAGGGGAUCUGA